AUGGAAUUAAAAUUAUCAAAUAGUGUUAUGGUCAUUCAUCUAAUUAAGGUUGUUUUUAUAGGCAUCUAGUGCAAAAACUCAAAGAAAAAAGGCGUUGAAGAAGAAAUGGCAAGAACUAGCGUCAAGACAACAGUAACAGAGCAAGCAAGACUGUCCCCUUUUUCCAGAGGGUCAAGCCACCACGAUGUCUUUAUCAGCUCUAGCUGCGACGGCACCCGCGACACCUUCGUUAGCCACCUUUCCGCCGCUUUAAAGCGCGUAAACAUCACUGUGAUGGAGGAAGAUGACAAAAACAAGGUGCCUGAAACCAGACAGUAUUUACCCAAGAAGACUAGACUGGGGAUAGAGAGAUCCAAGAUCUGUAUUGUUGUUCUCUCUGAGGACUUCGCGUCCUCCAAACAUAGCCUGACUACUCUUGCGGAGAUUAUUGAGUGGCGGCAUAGCAAAACAGGAGCCACGGUGGUUCCAGUCUUUUAUGGCGUAGAUCGCUCCUUAGUGGAGCAACAGAUUGGGAAAUACGGUGAGGCAUUUUCUAAGCACGAGGCAUCUGAGCCUAAAGAUCGUGUGACCGAAUGGAGAAACGCUCUAACGGAAGCAGCAAGCAUAAAGGAAGGUCUCCACUCAAAUGCCGAAUCCAGUGACUUGAAACUUAUGGAAGAUAUUGUCUCAUACGUACAUGGGCGACUAAUUCCAGCGGACAAGAUCGGGGUCAGUUCGAGAGUGUUGGAGAUAGAAAACUUGCUCAGUAAGCAACCAUGGGUUGUCCGCAGCAUAGGAAUUUGGGGGAUGCCCGGUAUAGGCAAGACCACCAUUGCAAAAGCAGCCUUUGACCAGACGAAAGGGAACUUCAAAUCUCGUAGUCGCUUCAUCCAAAACUUCGAGAGAGAGUUUGAGAAGGAAGGAAUGUCUCGUUUAAGAGGGCAACACUUACCAUCACAUGUGAAGGAGAAGCUUGACAUCAACAGGUCAAUUACUAACAACAGCCAAAGAGAAGAAAGUGUGUUCUUAGUUCUUGAUGAUGUGCGGAACCCUAUAAACGCAGAGUCUUUUCUUGGAGGGUUUGAGUGGUUUGAUCCAGGAAGUGUGAUAAUCAUUACUUCCAGAAAUAAACAAGUGCUUGUUCAAUGUAGAAUGGUUGAAAUAUAUGAGGUGAAAGGUUUAGAUGAUAAGGAAGGUCUGAAGCUAUUUUCCCAGUGCGCGUUUGGAGAGCCCAAACCUGAAGAUGGCCACCUGAAAGUGUCAGAGAUGAUCGUUAAAUAUGCUAACGGAAACGCUAAGGCUCUAAGCCACUAUGGAAAUGAGCUAAAGGGAAAGAAACCAGAAGAAAUGGAGAUAGAGUUUUGCAAACUCAAGCUAAAUCCUCCUGCUGAGAUUCUUGAAGUAUUCAAGAACAGUUAUAAUGAACUUAGUGAGAACGAGAAGAACAUAUUUAUGGACAUUGCUUGUUUCUUCAAGGGAGAUAAAGUUGAUCGUGUCAUGCAAGUGCUUGAUGGGUGUGGUUUCUUCCCGUGUAUUGGGAUUGAUUAUCUUGUUGAGAAGUCUCUUGUGACUAUUCGUGGAAACAAAGUGGAAAUGCAUUACAAGACGUGGCCAGGAAAAUCCUUUGUCAAGAAGUAACGGUUGGGAUGGGUCGCAGACUUUGCGGCGUUAAGAGCAUUCAACCUCUUCUAGACAAUGAAGAAACCAAACCAAAUGGGGAAGAAAAUGAAAGGGAAGACAUUGAGAGCAUAUUACUUGAAGCAUCUGGUUUGAGCUUUGUUGUUGACCCUGGUGCGUUUCAGGAUAUGUGUAAUCUUAGACUGCUUAAAAUUUACAGCUCAGAUCCUGAAAGGCGUCCUGGACUCGAUCUUUCCAUGGGUCUACUAUAUUUGCCUUACGAGCUACGGCUUCUCCAUUG